AUGCCUGCAACUCGUGGUCGACGAGCCGCCCCAGCGGCAGCUGCAGCUCCAGCGCCUCCAACAAAUCCUCUGGCGGAGUACCGACUCGCCUUCUCUGGCAAGUUCUCAGGAUACUCCCACAAAGACCUCAAUACCCUAUUCACAUCUCUCGGCGCAUCUGUAACGCCCUCAGUAAAUGGUCGUAAUACUCACCUCGUCUGUGACGAAAAAGACUUCCUCAAGAAGGCACCCAAAGUCCGGGAUGCCGAGGCAGCUGGUGUGUCGUUGGUCAAGCCCGAGUGGGUGGACGAAGUGGCCAAGCUAAAGACAGACGUGGACCCAGCCAACUAUCUCUGGCCGCAGGCUGAAGAUGAAGAGGAAGACCAGAAACCUGACACGAACGGUGGUGCAAAUGGAAACUCCAAAAAGCGGCCAAUUGCUGUGGCUAACCCCAAUGGCACCAACGGGGCUGCAGAUGGUGAUGUCGAUUCAGAUGUGAAGCCCAAGGCGAAAAAGGCCAGGGGGAAGGCUGCCAGAGCAAAUGACCAAGAGGAACAAGAUGACAAGCAAGAUGCGGCCAAGGAAGAGACUAUCGAGACUAAACUCAAGGAACUAUCCAAGGGCCAGUUCCUCAAAAAGAAGAACAUUGUCAUUCCUAUUGAUGAGCACUGCCCAUUGCAGACUCACGUAGUGUAUGUUGAGCCCAGAAGUGGCAUGAUUUACGAUGCUUCGCUCAACCAGUCGAGCACUUCAAACAACCACAACAAGUUUUACCGCUUGCAAAUUUUGGUUCGGGGUGCAGACUUCAAAACUUGGACCCGAUGGGGCCGCGUCGGCGAAAUGGGACAGCAUGCCAUUCUCGGAGACGGCUCUCUCGAUGAUGCCAAGAAGCACUUUGAGAAGAAGUUCAAAGAUAAAUCCGGACUCGCUUGGAAAGACCGCACCAAGGACCCCAAACCCAACAAGUACGCCUUUGUGGAGCGUAGUUACGAUGAUGACUCUGAUGAGGAGGAGGAGGGCGAGGAAGCCAACGGUGUCAAGAAGGAAGAGGAGGAAGAUGAAUACAAACCCCCCGAGUGCACAUUGCCUCAACAAGUCCAGCAAGUCAUGGAGCUCAUCUUCAAUCAAAACUUCUUCAACGCCACCAUGUCCUCCCUCAACUAUGACGCCAACAAGCUACCCCUCGGGAAGCUCAGCAAGGCCACAAUCCUGCGUGGCUUCCAGCAACUCAAAGACCUCGCCGCCCUCAUGGACAACUCUACUCUAGCUCAGUCCCAGUGGAACAUGACUCUCGCAGCAGCAACAGAACACCUCUCCAACACGUACUACUCCCUCAUCCCACACGCCUUUGGCCGUAACCGCCCACCAAUCAUCAACAACGAAGCUCACCUUAAGAAGGAAAUCGAGCUUCUAGAAAGCUUGUCAGACAUGAAGGACGCGUCCAACAUCAUGAAGAUUGACCGUGCAAAGGCCCGAACUGUCCACCCCAUGGACAGCCACUUCCAGGGUCUGGGCAUGGAGGAAAUGACACCGCUAGACCACACAUCUUCCGAGUUCAAUCUCCUCCAAACCUACCUCAACGGAUCCAAAGGCUCAACCCACGGCAUCAACUACAAAGUCCACAACAUCUUCCGCAUCCGUCGGUCCGGAGAGCACGAACGCUUCAAAGACUCGCAAUUCACCAAGAUCCCCUCUGACAAACGCCUCCUCUGGCACGGCUCACGAUGCACUAAUUUCGGUGGUAUUCUCAGCCAAGGCCUGCGAAUUGCACCGCCUGAGGCCCCUGUAUCGGGAUACAUGUUUGGCAAAGGCAUCUAUCUGGCAGACAUGUCCACCAAGUCCGCCAACUACUGCUGCUCGUACAUUUCCAACCGCCAUGCGUUGCUGCUCCUCUGCGAGGCAGAACUGGGCGAUCCGCUCCAAAAGCUGACCAACGCGUCGUAUUCGGCCGGUGAAGAUGCCAAGAGCGGCGGCAUGUAUAGUACUUGGGGAAUGGGCAGCACCGGUCCAAACAAAUGGAUGGAUGCCGCAAAGGUUCAUAAUUCACUAAAGGGCAUUAAAAUGGUAUGUUUGGCCGCCUACUUCCCUGCACUCUUCCUCCCUUGUCAGACAGCCUACGACUCGCCCUUUAAUCGCCAUGACCCAACUCUUCCUCCAUUUCUCUUCCACAUGCUUCACGUCACCAAUAUCGCUCUCUUUCAUCCCAAAACUGCAUCCACACAGUCAACUAACCGUAAUAGCCUGAUACAAAAGUAG